AUGGGUGGCAAAGGAUCCAAAAAAGCUCGAGCAUCUCUUGAACUAACACCAAAAGAGAUUGCCAUGCUUAAAGCCAAUACUAAAUUUAGCGAAAAGGAAAUUCGUGAAUGGCACGCUGGCUUUUUACGCGAUUGUCCAAAUGGUAAACUCGACAAGAAGAAAUUCGUUGACGUUUACAAACAAUUCUAUCCACAAGGCAAGGCUGAUUCGUUUUGCAAAUAUGCAUUUAAUACUUUCGAUGCUAACAACGAUGGUACAAUUGAUUUCGAUGAAUUUCUUUUGGCUAUCGCAGCAACAAGUCAAGGUGAUUUAGAUGAUCGUCUCGAAGUUGCCUUCGAAAUGUACGACGUUUCAGGCGAUGGACAAAUCGAUCAGAAGGAAUUAGCUAAUUUGAUUUCUGCUAUGUACGAUCUUGUUGGUGAAAGUGAUCGUAAAGGUGAUCGGGAUCCCAAGAAACGCGCUGUUGAAAUCAUCACUAAACUCGAUGUUGGUGGUGAUAAGAAACUAAAUAAGCAAGAGUUCAUUGCUGGAUGCAAAAAUGAUCCAGUUAUUCGUCGUAUGCUUGCACCAAAUGUUUAA